AGAUCAGAUCUUGAAUGUCAAGUUCUGCAGCAAAAGAAUAAGAAGCAGCAAAGAGGCAUAUGGCUGAAAAGCAAGAGGUGAGGCUUUUUGGAAUCGUGGGAAGCCCAGAGACGACGAGAGUAGAGAUUGCCCUGAAGCUUAAGGGAGUGGCAUAUGAGUACGUUCAUGAGUCUCCCACCAACAAAAGCGAUCUUCUUCUCAAGUAUAACCCAGUUUACAAGAAGGUUCCUGUGCUUGCCCACCACGAAAAGCCAGUAUGUGACUCUCUUGUGAUUCUUGAAUACGUUGAUGAGACGUGGAAAGCUUGUCCCAUCUUGCCUUCUGAUCCUUACCAGAGAGCCUUGGCUCGUUUCUGGUCCAAGUUCAUCGACGACAAGGUGAUACCAGCAAUAUUCAAAGCAUCCCUGAACCCAAACGAGAAGGAGAGAGAAAAAGGGAAGGAAGAAGUAUCGGAGGCUCUGCAAAUAAUGGAAAAUGAGCUGAGAGGGAAGUUCUUCCAUGGAGAUUCAAUUGGGAUUGUGGACAUUGCUGCCGUGUACGUUGCUUUCUGGCUUCCAAUAAUUCAAGAAGCCGGCGGCCUUCAACUCUUUACUGCUGACAAAUUCCCAAAGCUUGAGAAAUGGACUCAUGAAUUUCUGAAUCUCCCUUAUGUGAAGCCAACUUUACCUCCAAGAGAAAAGCCCCUUGCCUACUACAAAAAUCUCUUUCACAGCCUUGCUUCUUCCAAGUAGACGAACCAAGCAUGUGCUAUUAUCAGUGGUGCAUCUUUCAUGAGUUUUGUAGUUUCAUGUCAAAAUAAAAUAUAAACAUCUCAGGUUGACUCAGAUGCUAUUAAAAAAAAAUGCAGUGGAUCGUAGGGAUUUAUCUUGAUGGUUAUGUGCUUGGAUUAAUGUGUCAUGUGCAAAAUUUAUGAUAUGAUGCCGUUCAUUA